AUGAAGCACAAGUUCGACGAGCAGGUUGAGGCGCUCAAGGCCAGAUGCGAGAAGAAAGAGUGCUCGUUCGACGAUGGCGACUUGGGAGAAUCGCCAUUCACCUCGGACAUCUUGGAGGCUCCAAUCCCUCCGAAGUUCAAAACUCCCACCAUGAAACCUUAUGAUGGGUCUAAGGAUCCAAAGGACUACGUUGAGGUCUUCGAGGGCCUCAUGGACUUUCAAGCGGCAACAGAUGCAAUUAAAUGCCGCGCCUUCCAGAUCGCGCUUACCGACAGCGCACGCCUGUGGUACCGGAGACUGCCGGCAAGGUCGAUCUCGACCUACUCUCAACUGAGAAAAGAAUUCAUUAGUCAAUUCUCUUCUCGGCAUUACGAUAGAAAGACAGCGACUCACCUCGCUACCAUYAGACAGAAGGAAGGUGAGACGCUGAGAGAGUAUGUCACAAGGUUCCUGGAGGAGCAGCUGAAGGUCGCGCACUGCUCCGAUGAUUCGGCCAUGUGCUACUUCCUCACCGGCCUGGCCGAUGAGAACCUCACUGUGAAGCUCGGAGAGGAAGCUCCAGCAACCUUCGCUGAAGUCCUGCAAAAGGCGAAGAAGGUCAUUGAUGGGCAAGAGCUCCUCCAAACCAAAACUGACCGACCUGAGAAGCAGAUCGACCAGAAGAAACUAAACCAAGAGAAGAGGAAGGCUGAUUCUAAGUCUAAAGACAAGGGAUCGUCCUCUUCCGGCAGCUGA